UGCAGCAUCCAGCGAGCGGCCGUCUGGGUGCUGGACCGGUAUUACAACGACUUCUCUGUCUACAACCCUGCUGUGGUCAACCUUCCCAAGUCCAUCCUGUCUAAGAAGAUGACCGGAUUCAAGGUUUACUCCCUGGAUGAAAACACCACCAACAACUCGACAGGCCAAUCGCGCGCCAUGAUCGCAGCGGCAGCCAGGAGGAGGGACAACUCCCACAACGAGUAUUACUACGAGGAGGCCGAGAUGGAGCGCCGGAUCCGCAAACGCAAGGCCAGGCUGGUCGUGGCGGUCGAGGAGGCCUUCACGCACAUCAAGCGGCUGCACGAGGACGAGGCAGGGGCGUCUCCCAAGCACCCCCGGGAGGUGAUGGACCCCCGGGAGGCGGCGCAGGCCAUCUUCGCCCCGAUGGCGCGCGCCAUGCAGAAGUACCUGAGGACGACGCGGCAGCAGGCCUUCCACAGCAUGGAGAGCAUCCUCACGCACCUGCAGUUCUGCAUCACUCACAACAUGACGCCCAAGGCCUUCCUGGAGCGAUACCUCACCCCGGGCCCCACCAUGCAGUACCAGCAGCAGAGCGGCAGGGGGCGCCAGUGGACUUUGGUGAGCGAGGAGCCCGUCACCUCGGGCCUACGGCAGGGGCUGGUCUUCUCCCUGCGGCGCCUGGACUUCUCCCUGGUUGUCACGGUAACGCCGCUUCCCUUCCUGCGGCUCGGCGAGGAGUUCAUCGACCCAAAGAGCCACAAGUUCGUGAUGCGGCUUCAGUCGGAGACGUCGGUGUGAGCGGCGCCGCUCCUCCCAUAUGUGACACGGACACGCUUCAUUAUCCAAUCAGCAAACAGCCUUCUCUCACGCUCUUCUGUGACAGAAACCAAUCAGAAGGAGGAAUGCAACUUUUUUUUUUUUUUUUUUUGAUCAUCAAACUGUGAUCGGCUCAAUGAUUGUU